UUUGUUUUUUUUUUUUUUGCUUUUUAUCGGAAAAAAUGCGGUAGAGAUAGAAUACCCACAGUUUUGCAUAGUAAACAGUCGGUGGGACAUUAUAGGCUGGCGCGCCACAAACCACUUCUAGAGCCAGAACCCCCAUAUAUGUCCGCCGUUUAAUCGUCAGAAAACGUGACGUGGUUUGAAAGGGUGGAGAUGUUGUCCGACCUCUGUUGCUCUCCUUUGACCAUGGCCUAAAACCGAAUCAUUUUCCUUCUCCUAGGCAUGUGCUGGAGCUCAUCAGUGCACUUCCGCAUCCUGUUCCUACCGGACCUCGGCCCCAUACCGAUACGACAUGUCACCAUCAGGCGACGACAGAGGCGGACCCCGGGUGUCCCGCGACGCCAGUGCCGGACCAGCGAGAGGCGGACCCCGGGUGUCCUGCGACGCCAGUGCCGAACCAGCGAGAGGCGGACCCCGGGUGUCCUGCGACGGCAGUGCCAGACCAGCGAGAGGCGGACCCCGGGUGUCCUGCGACGGCAGUGCCAGACCAGCGAGAGGCGGACCCCGGGUGUCCUGCGACGCCAGUGCCGGACCAGCGAGAGGCGGACCCCGGGUGUCCUGCGACGGCAGUGCCGGACCAGCGAGAGGCGGACCCCGGGUGUCCUGCGACGGCAGUGCCGGACCAGCGAGAGGCGGGGCCGUCGACUUUCACGUUUCAGCUCGAUGAAAAGGAGGUCAAACAGGUAUUUGUCGGACGUAAUCUGAAGAAAGAUUGACCCUCAACGCUGGCGACGGCGUUCUGCCGAAGCACUCCCGGGCCGAAAUGCGUACUGGCCGUCCGUCGACGGCGAAUCAAGAAGCUGUGGUCGCGUAAGAGGGGUGCUGCGUUUUUCACCUGCUUCGCCACAUGUCGCUUCCCCUCGUGCAGUUCGUACUCUUUCUCAAUUCAACAUACGCCGUCGGUAGGGGAACCGCUGACUGUGCGCUGCACGACGUACGGCACGCCGAGCACGGCGCAUCAGCUGCAGCACGCCCACCGGUACCUCAGCGGAGAGCGGCGACGGGAGACUGCUGAGCGCGUGGAAGAUCGCGGAGCGUACCGUGUGUCGCAAGAUAUGCUGAUGCAGGCACCGGACUGCGAGCUCGCGGACGGAAAUAUCACCGAGGCGCCACCUCGCCACAUCCUGCGCCAAGCGGCACACGAGCGUCGGGUGGCCGAGCGCCACUCGACGAACUGGACUGAAGACCUGGCGGCGACGAUGGCUAUAUCACGAGCCGAGGAUCUGACUAGUAAAGUCGUGAAGGGUGGCAUCCAUCUCAUCGGGAGGGCACCGGUCGUGGUACACCUCUACAGGGAGCACUUCUUCCGGCGAUACCAUCUGGCUCCGAGGACGCUCCACCUCGAUGCCACGGGCUCUGUCACCCGCCAAGUCGGCGAGAAACGGCCAUAUUUGUACGCGCUCAUCGCCGAGAGCCCUGACACCGACAGGAGUUUUCCGCUAGCCCACCUGCUGGCGGAAAGCCACAAUGUGCCCACUAUCGCGCAUUUCCUGGCACAGGUGGCCCAUGGAUACAAACUCGUGACCAGGGUCCCUCUCACGCCUCCAAGGGUGGUCACGGACUUCAGUUGGGCGCUUAUACACGCUGUGUCGGAGGCGAUCGUCAAGACCACAACCGAAGCGUACCUCGAGGCCUGCUGGCAAAGCCUCACAGACCCUACGAAGCAGCCCAAGACUCUCGUAAGUCUCUGCGGUGCCCACCUGUUGCACAGUUUCGCGCACACCCUGAAGAGCAAAGGAGUGGCUGCAGAGGCAAGACCUGGCUUCAUGUGGCUCUUCGCCAGCAUGCAGCAGGCCACCUCGCUGCAAACUCUAGACACAACGUACAAGCGACUCUGUGUCCUGGCCCUGUCGAGGAGCAAGUGCGCCGUGGAGCUGCCGGAAGUCACGCGCGUAGACUAUGGAACAGACGACCGCCAAGAAACCGAGGCGCCGCUGGAGGCAGCCGAAGACGCGCCAGCCCGGAGGACCUACCGCGCGCGGACCGCGUUCGGGCGUCACUUCGAGGACAUCACUAACGGAGUCAAGUGCAGCCUGCAGACGGACGGGGAAGCCAGCGAUGUCCCCAACAAGUACUUCUGCCCUGGCCUGGUAGAGUACUUGCUGGGGGCUGUCAUGCCGCUCACUCCACUUUGGAGUCAAGUGAUCUCGGCUGCCGUGGUGACCAACGCGGCAGUCGAGUCACACUUCAAGGUCGUCAAAAAACAGAUGCUGCAGGGACGCACUCGACUGCAGCCAGGCGACUUUGUGCGAGUCCUGCUGAAGGACACGGCUGCCCGCAUGAAGGCGGCUUUGAUCCCGAGCCGGCCUGUCCUCAGGGGCCGGAAAAGGAAGGCAGCAGAAGGGCUGUUUCAUCCUGAAACCCAGGAGGAAUGCUGGGCCAAGCGCCGCACGAGUGACAAGCCCACGUGGUAUGCUCGUACUAAGCCACCGCUGGACUUGGCCCCCGAGACGGCCCCUGCCCAAGCGACGAAACCGGCCCCCAAGACGGCCCCAGCCCCGGCGACCAAAUCGGUCCCUGAGCGAGCACCGUCAGCCGCCACCGCAGCAGAGCGUGGACCGUCAGUCACGGUCCCUGAGCGAGCACCGUCAGCCGCCACCGCAGCAGAGCGUGGACCGUCAGCCACGGUCCCUGAGCGAGCACCGUCAGCCGCCACCGCAGCAGAGCGUGGACCGUCAGUCACGGUCCCUGAGCGAGCACCGUCAGCCGCCACCGCAGCAGAGCGUGGACCGUCAGCCACGGUCCCUGAGCGAGCACCGUCAGCCGCCACCGCAGCAGAGCGUGGACCGUCAGCCACGGUCCCUGAGCGAGCCAGCGGACGAGCGCCGUCAGCCGCCACCGCAGGGCGUCCCAAAGGACGGGCGCCGUCAGCCGCCACCUCAGGGCGUCCCAAAGGACGGCCGCUGCGAACAGGACAACCACCGAAGCGCAGACCCUGGCUGACCGCGGAGGACAUCGAUCUGUUCUGCGAGUCCAUAUCAUCUCCGCAGGUGCUGGCACUGUCGGUGUACUGGUAUGGUGCUCUCAGGACACCCUGUCGACGCUGCACCACAGAAUCGAUGAGGCAGUUCGCCACAGCGAACACGUGGUUGUUGCCACUGAAUAUUGGCAAUCACCGGGUCCUCUUCGUAGUGGAUUGGCGCCGUCAAGUGGUGCUGUUCUUCGACUCCAUGGGCUGUUGGCCAUCCGGAGCCUACACAGAGGCAGUGCAGCUCCUCAUGGAGGCGACGCAGCCCCAUCUCAAGUGGACCAGCUGGCGCCUGGUGGUGCCCGAGACUCCGCAGCAGACGGACACGUGGAGCUGCGGCUACAGAGUUUGCUGGCUGGCACUCGCGGCGGCCACUGGCAGCACUACGCCGUACUCUUCUGAUGCUGAAGAAAACGUGCUCGCUCGGAUACAGAAGGCGACAAAGCUUGCCAACGCGCCAUCAGCCUGUCGGUGUGCGGAAGCGCAGGUUGUCGGUGUGCGGCCGCAGUCACUCAGACGACUGAGAGUGGCAACACCGGCCAACCUCUACCUGGCUGCUCUCCGCUGAUACGCUGGAUCGGAGCGUCGCCGCCGCCGUCCGACUGGUGGCAUCGCGCCAGAGCUGCACCGACGCAGUGCUGGCCCUGCUGCUCGACACGGCCGCGCUGCUGCGAAGUCGACUCAUUGGCCGGAUCCACUGUGUGCCUGCUGAUGCUCACCCGCCGGCAGCCGGCGGUCACGGCCUGGUGGCGGCACGGCGGCGCCGACCUGACUCAGUGUCACCAGGGCAGGUAGUGUUUUGGACCACCUGAUCAAUGACGAGUGUGGGCGGACAUAUCGCUUGUGCCGCGGUAUUGAGCGCCUAGAGUUGGUGCGAGAAGAGCUGGUCAGUAUGUGUAUGUGCUGAUAUCAAGUGCGGGUGGUGGCUGUUAUUGGAGAACCAGCUGGCCAGCUGCAGUGUCUCUGAACGCGCCGCUGAAUGCCGCCGAGUCGGCUGCAUAGCUUAUAUCUAUCAGCUGCAUACGGUGGACUGCUGACUGUUGUCCACAAGGUACCGCCGUCUUUCGGUUGGCUGUUCGUCACAAACGCGGUAAUUUUCGUGACGAAUGCCGACGCGGCGCGUGUUUCUCAUAUCGAGUAACUUCUCACAGUGUGAAGUGAAUAUCGUCGGCUUAUUGUAGACUGCUCAUGUACGAGUUUGAUCUGUGGUGGGGAUGACGGACUGUUGGCUCUUAUAAUCACCGAGAGCGUUCCGCCGGCUUGCGCGCGUGGAUCUCACCGCGCCUGGAGACGCUGCGGCCGAUGCUGAUGCGCGGCUGUCUGGUGAUAACCAAGCGCGGCUAGAUGAUCUGCGAACUGCUUUCUACGCACGAGACGGUGCUACUCGAGCUGGACGCCAGCGCCGGCGCCGGCACUCAUCUGCUAGAGCGUAUAAACUUAACAGCGUGUCCGUGGGCAAGUUGUUCGAGCGCUCGGUGACCUGAAUUUGGAGGAGCGGGAGUCUACCCUGGCGCUCCCGAACUACCGGCUCACCAAGAAGCCGCACCUGGCCGUGGUGGCGCACAUUUUCGCAACGUUCGGCUACUCGUCUCAGCUGAGCUGGACCGGCGCAGGCUCUCCGAUGUGGCACUGAUGUCGCACUGUGAGCUGAGCUUGGGUGCCUGGAGUCGUUCGGUGGAGCACGACCCGGGCCUGCGUGCUGUACUGCUAGAGAGGCCGCGGGUCGCUGGACUCUAUGUGAUGAAUGUGUGUGAGCGCGUUCCGCGGCUGCCUUCGGCAGCGAUGCGCUGACUCGCUGCCGUCACUGACUCGCUCAGCACCCAGCUGAGCUCGCUGAUACUCAUGCUCUCAGGACUGUUCGCCUCUAAGACGUUGCGCGUGCAAUCACCAUGCAGCGAUGGUAGCUGAUGUGUCCGCUUGAGUAGGACAAAGUGAUGCACUUGAACAUACUCGUUCUGUUCUCUGCUAUGUUCUGUUCACGUUCUGUUGGUGCGCGGUACCGGCCGUGCCGACUGCACCGCGUGCCAAGACGGCGUGUCGCGUCGCGGACGUGGCGUUUCUACUGCGGCUUGCAGUCUUGCGGAUUGAGGUGGACAAGUCUGACGUUAAAGCUGAUCUCGGGCGCUGGAGGUCGUGAGCAUUAAUGGCAUGCCCUGCAAAUGAUAAAUAAAUAUUGUUUUCCUUUC